AUGAGAUUACCGGCAAUGGCGAAGUUACAAUUUACGCUUUUUUUCGUAUUGUUUCUGACGAUACAAACCCUUAGUGCAAGCGUGGACACAAUAUCUAGUGAUAUAAAGUUAAAAAAUGUCGAUCGCACAGUAGAUAUAUCGACCCAACUCGUAAAAGUAGUAUCAAAAAUAGUCUUGGAGAACAGUGGCAAAUCGUCAGUAAAACAUUUUCUUUUUGCGGUUGAAGAAGCUGCGAAGAAUAAUCUAGCGUUUAUUGGAGCUAAAGACAGCAAUAGUAAAGAUCUUCGUCUCGCUGAAACCACUGUGAAAGGUUAUGACUAUGUUAAAUUUUGGCGUGUGGAGCUCAAGGAACCCCUAAACGCCGGUGCCACAGUAAAUGUUGUUGUCGAAACUGUGUUCACCAAAGCUUUACAACCAUAUCCGACAGCUAUAACUCAGCAAGAAGACCAGUUUGUGAAAUAUGUUGGCAAUUUGUAUACAUACUCCCCGUACUAUACCUCCACACAAAAAACCAGCGUAAUUCUAAAUACAAAGACUGUUGAAUCAUUUACCAAGGUGAAGCCUUUCUCACAAGUUGAUGGAACAAUUAUUUAUGGACCGUACGCUAAUGUUGGGCCUUUCACUGAAAAGGAGCUCAGCAUUCACUACAAAAACAAUUCACCAUUUUUGACUGUUACUCGCGUCGAAAGAUUGAUAGAAGUAUCACAUUGGGGUAAUAUUGCCAUUGAAGAGGUAAUUGAAAUUGAGCAUACAGGAGCCAAGCUCAAAGGUCCGUUUUCUAGGUAUGACUAUCAACAAGAUCAUCACAGUGGUCCUGCUAGUGUACGUGCCUACAAGACCCUCCUUCCAGCUUCCGCAUCAGACGUAUACUAUAGAGAUACGAAUGGUAACAUCUCCACAUCCAAUAUGAAGGUGAAAAAAGAUUCAGUGGAGUUGGAUCUCAGACCUAGAUAUCCUUUGUUUGGAGGCUGGAGAACACAUUACACACUUGGUUACAAUGUCCCUAGCUAUGAGUAUUUAUAUCACUCUGGUAAUGAAUACUUGCUGAAAAUGAGGUCUAUUGAUCAUAUUUUUGAUGAUAUGCAAGUGGAUGAAUUGGUUACAAAGAUCAUCUUGCCAGAGGGUUCUACAGGGAUCAAGUUAAACAUACCUUAUAGUGUCACAAGAUUGCCAGACAGUCUGCACUUCACAUACUUAGAUACUAAAGGUCGUCCAGUAAUCUCGUUUAUAAAGAAAAACAUUGUGGAGAACCAUAUCCAAGAUUUUCAAAUCCGUUAUACAUUCCCACGUCUGCUGAUGUUGCAGGAACCACUUUUAGUUGUUGGCUUCUUAUAUACAUUGUUUUUGUGUGUUAUUAUUUAUGUAAGAUUAGAUUUUUCAAUUCACAAGUCUGAACAUAAAGAUUAAAUUUAUAAUGAAACAUAUUAUUCCCACUUCUAACGCAUCUAGUUAGUGUGCAUUUUUGGUGGUAAUUAUCUCAGUGUGGAGAAAUAAAGAAUUUUUAAUAAAGUAAAUUUUUAUUUCUGAUUUAAUGAAACAAUAUUUUAGAGUGUUUGACCUUCAUGAAAUAGACCUGUUGAUCAUCAUUACAUUGAUUGCAGAUAAUAUACAAAAAAGGGCAAAAAUGUUUGUAAUAAAGAUGUUUGAAAGAA